UUUGGCUUGUGAAAGGAGCGGAGGAGGGAGUGUGUGUUUGAGCUCUCCCGGAUUUCCACCUGAUUGCUCGGGAAGCGGGAGACUGGCUGGGGAAAUGUUGAGUUUAGGGAGCGCAGGAGCCAAAUCUUCCAAACCGUCAUUUGUGUCUUAUGUUACACCGGAGGAAAUAAAAUUGGAAAAAGAACCACCAAAGAAAGAAAUACAUCCUAAUUUGUUACCAGGAGAAGUGGUUUUCUGCAGUGCCAACCCCAUUCUCAAAUAUACUCAAGAUGACCUGUCCCAGCGUGGUGUCUUUGGCACAUUGUUCUGCACCAAUUUUCGUAUUACGUUCAUUAUUGAUGAGGCGUCGCAGGAGGAGACCGCCAAGAACUUUAAGAACAAACUCUAUGGAGAAAAUGACAUUCCAUUAAUGUGUGUGGACCAUAUCUAUGGUGUGUAUGAUGAAAAGAGGAAGCUGAUAACUGGAGGCCUCUUGAAGAACAAAUGUCCGUCCAAAAUUAUCAUUCAUUGUAAAGAUCUGCGUGUUUUGCAGUUCUGUCUAACGUUCACCAAGGAAGAAGAUGCAAAGAGGAUCUUUCAAGGUAUUGCACACCAUUGUUUGGAGGAGAAAUCUCUGAAGUGUGUCUUUGCUUUUUCCUAUGUGGGGUCAACAAGCCCAGACAUGCAGAGGAAAUGGGAGACAAUUUUGUUUGACUCACCAGGGGACUGGACCCAGGAAAUGAAACGGACCAAAGCAAAAUGUAGAUUAGUCACUGAAAAUGAGAACUUUGAACUCUCUCAGAGGUUACCAAAGUACUUUGUCAUCCCAACAGCACUAGAGGAUUUAUUCAGCUACCAAGGAAAGGGAUUACCAAUCUGGUGUUGGUCUCAUCACAGUGGUUGUGCUCUGUUUAAAGCAUCUUUCCUGCCUGUGACACAAGAAGAUGGGGAUUUUCAAAAGCACUUGGAGAUAAUGAUAAAUGCUGUCGCACAUAAUUACCUUUACUCUGUAAAAACAGAGGACCUCUCAGAAUCACUUCCUACUAUCCAAGACAUCCAGCAGGCAUACAACAAGUUCAAACAGUUCUUUCUUAUUGAUAAUUCAACUGAUUUUUGGUUGCUGGAUGUGAAAUGGUUCUCUUCCCUUGAGAGCUCAGGAUGGCUAGACUUUAUCAGACAAUGUCUUCAGAAAGCUGUAGAGGUGGUUGAAUGUCUUGAAAAAGACAACACAAAUGUCCUUUUAACAGAGGGAGAGGGAACAGAUCUUUGCUGUGUGAUCUCCAGCCUGGCUCAGAUAAUGCUGGACCCUUAUUACAGAACACUGAUGGGUUUCCAGAGUCUGGUGCAGAAGGAGUGGGUGGCUGGUUGCCAUGCCUUCAUGGAUCGAUGUAAUCACCUCCAUCAGAAAGAUAAAGAGUUUCAGUCUCCAGUGUUCCUGCUGUUCCUGGAGUGCGUGUGGCAGCUUAUUCAGCAGCACAGCCCGGCCUUCCAGUUCUCCGAGACUUACCUGACUGUGCUGUCCGAUAGUGUUCAUGUGCCAAUUUUCAGCACCUUUCUGUUCAACUCUGCCUAUCACAUGGAAAGUUUUAUGAAGGCUGAGUCACCAACUGCACAAAGUGGCUCAUUGAGCUGCCCUACAGUGUGGGACUGGUCUGUGCAGUAUGACAGCAAGGCCCAGAAUUUCUUCCUUAACCCUCUGUACACUGAGAAGGUGAAACUCGAGAGAACUGUAUGCAAACCUCACAAGCCCAAGCACCAAAGACAGUUAUCUUUACCCAGCUCUGCCUUCAAAACGCCACCCAAGAAAGGUUUCUUCAAGGACGAGACCGAAAGCCUUAAAAAGAUGUUGCGAGUUAAGCGUAUUAGUCGCUGGAUGGGGUCCCCUGACUCCCCCACGGCAGCCUCCCAAGAAUUCUACGAGUCCUGGCAGCAGCGUCCUCUGGACUAUCACGGCCUCCUGCUCCCCUGUCUGGAUGGACCAGCUCUCCGCCUCUGGAUGCAACGCUACCUACGCUGGAUACCUGAGGUGCACAUCCUGGGUGGUGGCUCCGUGGCUGUCAUGACCAAACUUAUGGAACUGCUAGGUCAGGUGCAGGACUUAAAACGUGUGCUGGAGCAGAGAGACACCUCACAUGCUGCUAAACUUGAUCACCGUCCACAGCUUCAGCACAGGCCGAUCUCGUUUGGCUCCUCAGGGCGCAUGUCAUCCUCAUUCCCUUUCACCUACAGUCGCAACCGAUCUUUCAGGCCCAUUAUUCCUACAGGUUUGCUGCAAAGCCUUAUGUUAACUGACAACCUAGCCAACCAAGAGGAUGAGGUAGUUCAGGAUGUGAGUUUGGUUUAACAGGGAAUCCCUAUUCAUCUACAUUAAAUAUUCAUUCAUUCAUUCAUUCAUUUAUUAGUAGCUUAAAACAGGAUUAUAGUGGCCUUAACUUCAGAUCCAGAUAUAAAAAAUGCUGAUAGCACUUAAAGUGCCUUUGGUACUAAGCAGAUCAUUUUGGAAAGUAAUAUAGGCCUUUGACAAACCAAAUGUGCCCUACUGUAUUGAAAAGUUCAAAUGAGACUGAAGACAGGAUGUAAGCUUUCGUCUAGCACUGUUUUUUUUUUUUUAAAAUGUUCAUUUAUAUCUUAAAGGAAAAAUACUUGGCAUUCUCCUUUUGCUCAUCAAAAAAAGGAAGAGGAUAUAGCCCUCAACUUCCAGCAUUUCCUCUGAAUUUGAACAAAACAAAAAGUCAGACCUCUUCAAGACCAAGCAACGCUUAUCUGCAUAGCACAGUGUUGCAUUAUAUUUUUCCUAUUACAAAGUAGCAUUUAUUCUAAUACAUUUUUUGGAAUUUGUAAUAGAGGCCUGUGCUUGUUUUAUUUUAAAGAUAUAUGGAUGAUUUAAUCCCAUCUCUGUCAUUUUAUAGAAGACCUAUACCGUCGACACUGCUUUAGGUUGCACUGAAAGUGUAAAUUAAAAAAAGUCUACCUUAUCCACUCUUCUCUGAUCCCUUGCAUAUUAAAGUACCAGACAGCUACAUCCAUUCAUCAAUAUGUGCACUUUUUUUCCCCAUACAUACUGCUGCAGUGCUGAACACUUCAUUUCACAUCUUUCUUUUUUGUGGUUUCUAAUGCUGUCCAAUGAUUAUUUGGGUGUCCCAAAACUUAAGAAAGCAGGAAGCUAGAACAAUACAUGAGAUCAGCAGUGUCUCAGAGAUACAGACCUCUAUUGAAUUAUGUGCACUGUGUGGUUCUUAUUUGGCCAAGGAUAGGCUUCCUAUUCCUUUAUUGGACCUUUUACAUUAAACUAGAUUUGAGGCUGAACGUAUAAUACAUAAAAAUACAGAGAAACAAAAGAAAUCAAAGCUGAAUAUAUGAAUAUAAUCACAAUUCAUUCAUAAGUAUAAGAAAAGAAUGUUAUUGAAGAAAAUAAUUGUUUUAGUCCUUAUCUUAAUUAAUUUAUCACACAUAUACAGUGAAAUUCUUUCUUUUUUUCCACAUAUCCCAGCUAAGCUGAGGUCAGAGUGCAGGGUCAGCCAUGUUACACCACACCUGGAGCAAAUAGGGUCAAGGGCCUUGCUCAAGGGCCCAGCAGUGGCAUCUUGGCAGUGCUGGGGCUUGAACCCCCAACCUUCUGAUCAGUAACCCAGAGUCUUAACCGCUGAGCCAGAGCUGCCCCAAAUUCCUAGCUGAGGAAUUUAUCAACCGUUUGUGCUAAAUAAAUAUCACUCAUGCAUGCGUGAGAGAAAGAUUCAGUCAGUACUUACAGAUGGUUUCAGCUCAUCAACUUCUAAAGAAUAAUUUAUAAUUAAAGGUAUGUAGACAGUAUAUAGGAAAAAAACAUUCUAGUAGAUUGCAAGCCUUAUAUACUAUUGAUGCAUAAGCUAGUGUCAAGCUGUAUCUACAUUUGUACAUUUUUAUUUUUUAUUUUUCUUUGAAUCACUUGCAGAUCUACUGCCACAAAUCAACAAGCACUUCAGUUAAAAAAGGGAAAACUCUGUCAUUAUUUACAAUCAUGUUUUUUUAAACUCGUAUGACUUUCUCUCUUCCUUGGAACACAGGAGGAGAUGUUGGGCAGAAUGUUAAGGACUGACAGCCUCAGUCCCCCAUUCACUUUUAUUUUAUUGUAAAAAGUGCAGCUUCAGCAUUCUUCAACAUUUCUUGUGUUGUGUCAUACAGGUUUGGAACAAUAUGAGGGUGAGCAAAUGAUGACAGAAUUAUCAUUUUUGGGUGAACCAUCCCUUUAAUUCAUUUUUUUUUUUUUUUUUUCACUGUUUUUCUGUUUAUGCUUUUCUGUCUCAGUAUCUGUAAUUUAAUGUAAUGAGGCUGAUGUAAGCUCCUUAAAGUACUAAACUAAGUUAUUUGCUGUCAGAAGUGUGUAGAAAACAGUUUUCUUCCCAUUCAGUUUUUGUGUACGCCCCCGCCACCCUUGUUUGCACUACUGCUCUCUGCCCUCUGCCAGUCAAUCACUGUUACUGUUACUUGAACAGUCAGCUGUGACUCUGAUUCUGUUCAAUUCAGCCCUGCUGUAAUAUAUUACUGUAUAAUUGAUGUGUAUAUUUCUAUAACUUACUUUCUAUAACUUUCAAUAUGUGGAAUAUGUCAACAGGUUUUGCCUUAUUUGGGAUCAUUGACUUCAAAAUUAAAAUAUCCAUGCAAGAUUAAUAUUAAAUACUUUUAUAUCUGCAUUUGUUAAAUAUGUAAAUUGCUCUUUUUCACAAAGUAUAAUUCAAAUAAGAGAAAAUGCUUUGCAAUCAUAAACAACUUUAGUAAAAUUAAAGGCUUCCUGUCUGAUGACUGUAGGCGACUGAAACCACAUGAGGUGUUAAUGAAUAGAGUUUAAACUCUAUUUUUCCCCCACAUAGAGUAUUUAUUUAUAUAUUUUUUGCUGCACCUCCUCUUCAGUUGGUUGAGCACAUUUUUCCUACUUUUCUAGUAUUAAAAUGCACAUUUAUUCAUUUUA